AUGAUGAUGAUGAUGAUGAUCAGCCGUCCGCCUCCUCUGUGUGCAGAGCAGAGCUACGGGGAGGUCAACCAGCUCGGCGGGGUCUUCGUUAACGGCCGCCCGCUGCCCAACCCGGUCCGGCUGCAGAUCGUGGAGCUGGCCCAGCUCGGCAUGAGGCCCUGCGACAUCAGCCGCCAGCUGCGGGUCUCCCACGGCUGCGUGUCCAAGAUCCUGGCCCGCUACAACGAGACCGGCUCCAUCCUGCCCGGAGCCAUCGGAGGCAGCAAGCCGCGGGUCACCACGCCGGCCGUGGUGCGCAGCAUCCGGGACUACAAGCACGGAGACCCGGGCAUCUUCGCCUGGGAGAUCCGGGACCGGCUGCUGUCCGACGGCGUGUGCGACAAAUACAACGUCCCGUCCGUCAGCUCCAUCAGCCGCAUCCUGCGCAACAAGCUCGGCUCUCAGUCCCCGCAGUACGACGGCCUGAAGCCGGGCCCGGCCCCGCUGCAGUACGGAGCCGUCUACCCGUACUCCUCGUACGGAGGCCCCGGGGCUCCCACCGGCUCCAGGAGCGGCCUGCACCGGGGCUGGCACAACAUCCUGGGCCUGAGGGCCUUCAUGGAGCCGCCAGCUCUGCCUGGAUCUGAUCAUGCAGCCAAAGUGGAGGACUGGACCAGUGUGACCAGUAUGUCCAGUAUGAGCAGCAGACCGUUCCCUCCUGGAAUCAGCGCAGCAGAGAAAGCCAAUGAACUGAACCUCAAAUACCCACAGCAGUCUCCAUCCAGUCUGUCUGGUUACGUCUCAGCUUGUGCGUAUUCUCCACCCAACCAGUACAGCAUGUACGGAGCUCCCACAACCAACUACAUGAGCGCUGGACACCACUGGCAGCACCAGUCCUCCAGUCUGACUCCCAGUCUGACUCCCAGUAUGCCCCCCGGUUUGAGUCACUCCAACCCUGCAGCACCGCUGGAGGCUGCAGAUUUCCACCCUGCAGCACAUCUCAAAACUCCACAAAGAGAAGAGCAACAGAAGCUUCCCCUGAACAAACAUCAUUAUGCUGCUCACAGAUUAUCUUCAGCCUCGUGA